UCUGCGAUCUUGCAAUGAGAGAAGGUGGAGAGCAGUGGAUGAAGGAGGAGGACCAAAGGAUCAUCUGCAAGUUAUCGGAUACGGAUCUCGUUCAGUGGCAUCAUGGAGACACACUGAGAUCAAUUCUUCAGCUGUGUACAACGGAUGGUAAAUGAGCGGAACCAUGGAUUGCAGAGCUAAUCGUCGGACAGAUGAUCCGCUUGCUACUCUCUUUGAAAGUCGGCCUGUCUUUGAAUCGGCUCUCUCUGCCGGAUGCAUCGAGAUGAUGACUGGAUGGAUGAAACGGUGCAAAGUCGAGCAUAAGUCUUGUCCACGACAGAUAGAACAACCACUCCCAACGCGAGUUAUUGACGUAGAGCCUAGCAAUGGGAAGGUACGCUUAUUUGUCUCCAAUGGCCGUUCAGGGCAAUGGGCAGCUCUUAGCCAUUGUUGGGGUGAAGUCCAACCCGUUAAAACCAUCAAAACAAAUUUUGACAUCCAUUGUCAGAAAGGACUCGAUUUGGCCAGCCUAACGCCCACCUUUCGGAAUGCCAUAAUCCUAACAAGACGUUUGGGAAUUCCAUAUAUUUGGAUUAAUUCUUUGUGCAUUAUUCAGAACAACUCGGCAGAUUAGGAGGCUAAGUCAGUGAAGAUGGAUCAUGUCUAUCAGAACGCUGUUAUUACCAUUGCCGCAGAAGCUGCCUCGAAUGGCUCUGAAGGGCUCUUCGAAAGUAUGUCCUUGAGAGAGCCAGCAAGUGUGAUCCCCCGAGCAUCGUUCCAUAGCAAUGCCAAAAGUUUGAGAGGGGCGAUUUACUU